AUGAUGGCUUCUUCAAGAAGAUGUACGAAUGAGUUAAAGAUUACAGUCAUUAUGGUGUUUAUCUGUUCUCUCACAUUCUUGCCUUCCAAUUCAGCUGAGCCAGUAUUGGUGAGAGAUGGUGCACAUCAGGGCUUGAAAGAGCAAAUGGAGAUGGUGUUGGGUUCAAGUCCACCUAGGUGUGUUAAGAGGUGCAUGGGUUGCAUACCUUGCACGCCCACUCUUGUUGCUUCUGCACACCAUGGGAAUAAUCAUCUCAAGGCAGCAAAUUCAAAUCAGGGAGAUGAAAGCUAUUAUCUCCUCUCAUGGAAAUGCAAAUGCAGGAACAAGUUGUUCCAACCUUGA